AUGCCAAACCCCUUCGGCAUGUUCGGCUCGGACGCCGGCUCAACCCCGGCCUCGUCCUCCCCCAGUCGUUCCGCCUCUCCCGCACAGACCCCGGGCACCCUCCCUCCCACCUCUCUCCGCCGCCCCGCUUCCCAUGGACGGCUAGCCCAACUAAUGGCUCCAGGGAAGGGGAGGGUGCGCAGCGGCUCGACGGCGUCGCAGGAGGUGACGACGACGCACAUCACUGCACACGCGGACGAUUCCACCGUUGCUGGCCGCCAGACACCAGAGCAGCGCCGCCGCUCCGCGCGCGCCGCUGCCGCGUCACUCCUUGCCAGUGAUGUACGGUACAAGAAGUUUGCGUACCAGGUCGACAAGAGCCUGCAGUCGUUUGAGAACGUCAACGAGUGGGCAGACUUCAUCUCUUUCCUCUCCCGUCUGCUCAAGGGCCAGUCGCCACAGUACUCCGAGAUCCCUCGCAAGGUCACCGUCGCGAAGCGCCUAGCACAGUGCCUGAACCCCGCGCUGCCCGCCGGUGUGCAUACUCGUGCGCUCGACGUGUAUAGCCAGAUCUUCAGUAUGAUCGGGACUGAGGGAUUGAAACGCGACCUCCUCAUCUGGUCGUCAGGUCUGUUCCCGUUCUUCCAGAACGCGUCCACAUCCGUCCGUCCAGCACUUAUCAACAUCUACGAGACAUACUACCUCCCACUGGGCGAGGAUCUCAGGGCGGCGACGAAGGCUCUGAUCCUGGCGCUCCUUCCCGGAGUGGAGGAGGAGAUUGGCGACUUCUUCGACCAGGUCAUGUCUCUGCUGAACCGCCUUUCCGACGCAGUGUCGCAGAGAUUCUUCCUGCAGAACGUCUUCCUCGUCCUCGUAUCCAGUCCAGGUUCGCGCCUCGCUGCCGUCAACUACCUCGCGCGCGCGCUCAACGAACCACCAGUACACCUCGUCUCAGAUUCAGACGUCGGGCUGUUGAUACGUGGUGUCGCAGCUGUACUCGAGGACGACAACAUGCUGGUACGCCGCGGUGGUCUCGACCUGUUGUUAAGAAUAUUGCCGAUCGACGGGGCGAUCCUGAAGGACGCAUCGCAGGGCGAUCGCGAGCACCUCGUGCGUGCUGUCAGCGCUGUCGUGCUUAACCGCGACGUGUCUCUAAGCCGGCGAGUGUACACGUGGUUCCUCAGUGCGGAUGAAGCGUCAGAGAAGCAGGUCUCGUUCUUCAAGGAGCACGGGUUGAAUGUUCUAGCGACAACGCUGGAGCACGACAUGAGGCUGCUACCGAAAGCGAACGAUGUCGCGGACGCGCAGUCUUCGUUCAAAAUCUUCCUCUCGCUGCUGGAUAAGUGGGAGAUUGGCGAACCGCUGUCACACCGCCUUGCCGUACCAUCGUUGGAGGCGUGCCGAGCGACAGCGGCAGCUGGUCACGACGAAGAGGUUCGCGGUACCGCCUCAGCAGUGUACGAGGCCAUAGAGCCGAGUGUGCUGUGGAGGCACCUCUACAAGGGUGUCGAGGCGGACAUGGAUGAGGGCAGGCUCACUCAUGUCAAGCUCGUAUUUUGGCUCCUAACCACUCUUCCGCAGCAAGACGAGGAGACGAUCACGGUACACGUCCCUUUGAUGGCAGCGCGCAUCCUCCGCGGUGUGAACGAGACGAAAAACGGGGAUGUGUUGGAGGCCACAUUGAAAACGCUCGAGGCACUGCUCGUUGCCACUCCGGCAUCUCUGUUCACCAAUGUGCCAGAGAAGGCCGAGACAUCCAACGGUCCCUCCAAAUCGGCGGAGGAGCUUGCAUACUUGGAACCGCUGGACGAGGAGGGGGCUGCCAAGGUUGUCCGCGCUACGGUUAUGCCUGAGAUGGUGUCCGACGUCUUCAAGUCGAGUGAGAAGGCGCUGAAGGAACGCUGGGCUCCUUCCCUGCUCCUCCACUUUGUGCAGCUCACCAAGGCCUUGAUCGACCGCGAAGUGCCUCCCCUGAACGCUGUCGACAGCAAGAGCUGGUCGGCUGCCGUUCUUCAGUGUUUGGAGAAGGUGCACUCGUUCGCCGUAGUAGACGUUCUGGUCGACUCCCUGUUGCAGGCGAGCCGUUCGCGGCUGUUCAAGCCGCCCAUCGAUCUUGCCUCAGAUGCGGUCAUGAGCCCGGUCCUUGAUGCCCUCUUCCGAUAUCUCCGACCUGACGCUGCUGCAUACCACGCGCGCGCGGUCGAAUUGCUGUGGGAAUUCAACCAGCUCGCAGAGGUGCACACUCUCGAGAGCGUUAUCGCACGGCGCAUGAGCUCGCAGACACGCAAGUCGGAGGCAUUCGAAGCGUUCGGUGUUCUCUGGCGCCAGUCUGACGAUUCUAUGCUGCCCGGCGAGAUAUUUCACGUUCCAAUGUUUAUGAUUCUCGACGGUCUCAAGGGAGACGACCCCCAGGUCCUCCGCGCAGCUGAAACAUGGAUGCGUUGCAACCUUAGGUCGUACUUCCGAAUGCUCGACCCACUCCUCCGCCGCACGCUAGCGCUACUUGCACAGCGUUCGACCAAGGCCACGUCGAGCGACGCGUCGCUCAUGUACUACUUUGUCACCAGCCUGACUAGCCUCUUCCGCUUUGGUGGGCAGGGGCUAGGGAAGGCGUGCCAGUCAAUGGAGAUAAGCAAGUCUCCAAACACGCUCUUCGUCAACAGAGUCGAGGAGACGUUCCCCGAAGCCACGACGUAUCUGGAGCUCCUGACCGGUCUUCUGACGAGGCUACUAGAAUCCGCGCCAAACGAACAGCUCACGCUCCGUGUACAGUCUGGCUCCCUGGAGUUGCUACAGCUCCUCGUCGCCCGUGGGGACCUGUCAACGAAAUCACAGGCUCAGGUGAAGAACGCCCUCGUGGAAAAGCUCUCCGAGGCUACUCAACACAAGCACCUCACGUUGCAGAACACGAUGCUGCAUCUCCUCCACGCAGCUCUGUCGCAGGGCACAGACCGGCGGCGUAGUCACCGCGUCUCCUCUUCGACGUUCUCGCUCCCUGAGCGGCCCAGCAGCCUGGACAACGCAGCGCACGAGUUCGAGGAGUCCAUGCUGCACAUGGUCAUUGCGGGCGUUUCGGCUCCAGGUAACCGUCCGAUCUUGCAGCACUGGGUCGACUUUGUGCUGAUGACGAUCCCGCACCUGGAACAUGACCAACGGCAAUUAAGAGCUCUCAACGACUGCUUUUGCGAGCAGCUGCGCAUGACCAUGCUCAAGCUCCGCACAACGUUUGCGAUAUCUACAGCUGGUGACGUUCCUGCCACUAUUACGGAGUCGGAGCCCAUCAUGCUCAUCGGAGUUAUUGAAAGACUGGCCACAGUGCUUGGCGGUAGGGCUGGCGGCCGGCGGAGCGAGGACCGCGACCGGCGCGAACAUGAUGGCGGCGGCGGUUUGCUGGGUUACUUACCGACGGUAUUCUCAGUCGAAGCACCGCAGGACACUGCUUCGAAAUGCGAGGCUGCGCGAUACCUCGACGAUAUCAUGGACUGUCUGCUGGUAACGUGGACCGUGAGCGACGAGAGGGAAGCGCAGUCUGGCCCACCGAGUGCGACAACUGCCUCAAGGAUACAGAUCAUGUCGCGCACACGGACGCGUGCGCGCAAGGCACUGGAGAAGCUCUUCAAAGCGCAGCCAUCCGAGCUCGUAGCGAGCUCAGUACAGGUGUGGGCUGUACAGUCGAGCGACAUCGAGGAUUCAGCGAUUUUCGACUGUCUCGACACACUGGCGCCGAGCGCUCAGAAGGUCGUCGACCUUAUCUGCGAGCACAUGAGCGGCAAGGGGCGUGGCUCAAUAGAGAGCUCGAACCCUGCGCUCCCGGCAUUCCUUGAGGCGUACAUCAGUCGCCUUGAAGGUCCGAUCGCGAUCCAGGUGUGGAAUGCCCAGUACGGGUACGCGCGCGACAUCCUGGGCCAGUCCAACUCGCCAUCAGCGCGGAUGCUGCUCUUCCCCGUACUGCGGUGCCUCACGAUGCUGGGUCAGAUCGUGUCGACUACGAGCGCACUCGAGGACCGCCGUCUCCGGCGUGACCUGCAGGAGACGUAUGUCAAGGUCCUUGACGCGGUCCUGUCGAACGCCUCGCGCUUGGGCGACAGCGCACUGUGGCAGCGCGGUCACACACUCAACGAGGGGAAGGCGCUGUCGUCGCAGGGCGUGCAGAAGAUCUACUUGUAUAUCGGGGACCAUGUGCUGCGGAACCUGCGCACUUUCCUCGUGGACCAGGACCGCGUGUCGUCGGCGUGCGCCAGCGUGUCCUCAAACAUCAUCGCUCCGGCCUUCAAACAGCAGAAGGUUGACGACAUCAUCCUCUGCCUGCUCCAGGAGCUCACCAAGAUCCCAGCGGCAGUUAAAUCGUGGCGCCCACCCGUUGGCGACGCGUUCAACGAUAACCGUUUCUUCCGCAUGCCUCCCAAGGAGGCGGAGCAAUGGCGACCACUCGUAUGUGCCCUCAUGGAUAGCGACAAGGAGCGCCUCUCCGACCUCCUGGGGCGCAUUGCCGCGGCGCCCAGUGCGAACAUCUUCACGAACCGCGAGGCUGAGACGACCUCUCGCUCACUCAAUCUACGACGCCUGAGCUUUGUGCUCCUCGCGGCCGAACGCAACCAUCACUUAGCCCAGCUUCCAAGCAUCCAGGAGAAGCUCGUCGAGAUCCUCCGCACCAACGUCGUCUCGCCACGCGUGCACUCGGAAGUGUAUCUGUGUUUGCGCGUGCUCAUGACUCGCAUUUCGCCACAGCACCUCGCCAACUUCUGGCCCGUGAUUCUUGCCGAACUUCUCCGUGUGUUCGAGGCGACGAUGGACGAGCCGCCGCCUGAUGGGAGCGAGGAUCUCGCGCUCGUGCUUGCGUCGUGCAAGUUCCUCGAUCUGCUUCUCGUGAUCCAGUCUGAGGACUUCCAGAUCCACCAAUGGAUCUUCGUCACGGAUACAACGGAUGCAGCAUACCCUCCCGAGCACUACAGCCCCGAGGCGCUGGUAGACCGUCUGGCAGAGAUCCUUGUGGAGAGCGCUACCAUACCCAAAGCCGACAACGCAAUCCCAGUUGAGAGCUCCGACGGCCGCCCUCGCCGCCCGCAUCUCGCGGGUGUGCGUGCCCUCGCCUCGCUGCAUCAGUUGCAGCCUUUCUUUAGCCGCGCGAGCAUCGACACCUUCGAGGGGGUGUACAAUGAUGCCGGCGUCGACUGGGACGCGAUCGAGGACGGGCUUAAUGCCGAGAUCUUUGAGAGCAACUGA